UUUGGGCACAACCUUCCCGUCCGAUCGCAACAACUUAUACCACAAUUAUGUGACAAAAAUAUACAACAAUUCAUAACUGGCGUUGACUUUGUGUUGGCUAUCACUGAUAACAAAACUGUGUAUGGUUGGGGUGUUAAUGACCAUGGGCAGUUGGCUAGACAACUUUGUUCAGAUCAUAUACGUGAAAUAUAUUGCGGUUAUUAUCAUUCACUGGCGCUAACCAGUGAUGGCCGGGUAUACGCGUGGGGGCAGAAUAUGUUUGGCCAAAUAGGGUGCACAGACGUUGACCAUGGUAGCGUAGAUGUUCCCAAAGAAUUAUGCUUUAGUGAAAACUGCCAAAUCAAUAGUGUCUACUGUUCACUCUACUCGUCAUUUGCCAUCACAACUGAUGGACAGGUGUUUAGUUGGGGUCGAAAUCAUUGGUAUAAUUUGGGACACAAUGACCACAAUGUGUUGACACCCCGUAUAAUACCGGGUGUUUGUAAUGUGCAAACUGUUCGCUCAAAUGGCAAUCAAACCUGUUUUCUAACUCGCGAUGGUUUUGUGUAUAUUUGCGGUCAAUAUCAUGAAAAUGAAUUGAGCUUGAUGCAAAAAUUACCAAUUAUAAUACCAACUUUAAAUAUGUGCACUGAAUUAGAUCUAAAUGAUUACCGCAACAAAUGUAGUAACUAUUUGAAUGAAAUGUUUGAAAUAAUUGGACAAUUAUCCGAUGGUAAACUAAAUUCUGGAGAGCACAAUCAAUUUUAUGCGGAAUUAAAUCACUUAGUGACUGUCCGGUCUGAAUACGUGGUCAAAUACAUAGACUCGCGGUUUGAGGGGAAUCUAUAUUACAUACAAAUGGAGUUGUGUUCGGAUAGUCUUCGAAAUAUUUUAAAGAAAAACUCGACGUUUUUCCCCGAGAAUUGGGACAACCGA